CUCAGGCUGCAGUGACUGCUUCCUGUGUGCGCCCCGCCCCUCUCCAGCUGCACCGCCACGUCAGGCCUGUGAGGUCCGCUCCUGUCACUGCGGUACUCCUCUUCCCCUGGAGGUUGCUGGCGGUGGCUGCAGGAUGGAGAGCCUGUACCGAGUACCAUUCAGUGUGCUGGAAUGUCCCAACCUGAAGCUGAAGAAGCCCUCCUGGCUGCACAUGCCCUCUGCCAUGACUGUCUAUGCCAUGGUGGUGGUCUCCUACUUCCUCAUCACUGGAGGAAUAAUUUACGAUGUAAUUGUGGAACCUCCCAGCGUUGGCUCAAUGACAGAUGAGCAUGGUCACCAGCGACCAGUGGCCUUUCUGGCUUACAGGGUAAAUGGACAGUAUAUCAUGGAGGGCCUGGCUUCAAGCUUCCUUUUCACAAUGGGAGGUUUAGGCUUUAUAAUCCUCGAUAGGUCCAAUGCACCAAAUAUUCCCAAGUUGAACAGGUUCCUUCUGCUUUUUAUUGGGUUUGUGUGUGUCCUGCUGAGCUUCUUCAUGGCCAGAGUCUUCAUGAGGAUGAAAUUGCCGGGUUACCUCAUGGGCUAAAUUCCCUAUUGCCAGCACUUCUGACUUGCAGUCUUUGAGCAGUACCAAUGGAAGGAGCGUCCACACUGUAAAACUACGUAGAAAUUAUAAACAUGUGAAGACCGGCGGAGAAGGAAUCCCCUCAAGGACAUUGUUCACCAAUAGAGAGGAGCGAAUCGACGUUGGAUGAAGCAUCCGAAGUCGAGUCGCAUAAAACUUUGUUCUAAUACUGUACGAAGCAGGAGCUCCGUACAGUAUUGGCUCUGAGCCGAAGUUAUUACUUUGCGAAGUCUCGAGACUUUUCAUAAUAAGUUCAGAAAUUAAUUUUAUACUGUAAAAAAACAUUUCCUGAACUCUGGUUCGGUUCCAAAGUACCACUUGGAACCGAACCCGUGUUCGGGAAAUGGUUAAAUAGUUUUUACAGUGUAAAUUAAUUUCUGAAGUUAUUAUGCAAAGUCUCGCGACACUUCGCAAAGUAAUAACUUCGGCUCAUCUGAGCCAAUACAUUCUAAUACUGUAUGAAGCUCCUGCUCCCUACAGUAUUAGAACAAGGUUUUAUGCGAAUCGACUUUGGAUGUUUCAUCUGAAGUCUUUUUGCUCAUCUCUAUUCACCAAUGACAAAAUAUUUUUGUAUAUGGUUUUUCACAUCUUUUGUUGUCUUUGGUUCAGAAUUAAACUUUGUUUGUUUAAAUACUA